AUGACCAACGAUUCACUUCAUACGGCCGUUCAGGUCCUCUUCAACGAGGCGCUCGUGAGGGACGGUCGCGAACCCCGUACGCUUCCACAGGACAUCAACAAACGACCACUGCUUGACAGACUCCUUUGUCUUCGUCAACCUCUUCCCUUCGCCCCCGGUGUCCUCGAGCAGAUUGAAGAGAUCCUACGCUCUGAACAUCAUGAGAACAUUUCACUCAAUGAUGUACCCGCCUACUCAGUUAAUGACACGCAGUCGAUCUCUCUCUACCGCGGCGACCUCACUUUGAUCACUGACGACCUCCUCCUCGUCAACCCGGCAAACACGAAGAUGCUGGGCUGCUUUGUUCCUACACACAAGUGCCUCGAUAACAUUAUCCAUUCCCGUGCUGGCCCUCAAGUGCGUGCCGAGUGUGCCGCUAUCCUCCAAGACCGCGGCGUGGACGAAGUCGAUACGGCCGUACCCUUGUUGACCGGCGCUGGCGUGCUCGACGUCCGCGGUAUCGUACACGUGGCUGGCCCUGCUUUAGAGCGUAGACGCCCUCCAACGUCUCAAGAGAGGCAGUCGUUGUGGGACACAUAUACCAACUCGCUGAACGUUGCCGCAAAGUCUGGCGCCACCGCCGUUGCUUUCCCUUGCAUCUCCACUGGUAUCUUUGCCUUUCCUGUCGACGACGCGGCGAACAUUGCCCUCGACGCUGCCGCUGCUUGGUUCUCGCGCAACUCGGCUCCCAUGCGCGUCAUCUUCGUCCUUUGGACGGACCAAGACGAGAAAUCCUACGCCUCCGCUGUCGAAAGAGUGUUCCCGAGUCUUGCACCUGUUCCCGUGUUUCGCCCUCUUCCAGCGCGUGCACUCAAGUGGAUCAAGGAGGCCCAGACUGUUAUUGUCCACGCCGGUGCGGGAAUGAGCGUGGACGCCGUGGGCAAACUUGGUCUUGGACUGGACUACACUUCGACCGAACUGUUUGAGCGACUCUAUCCCAGCCUGGAAGACGACGAGGACCUCACAAGGCUGUACGAGACUAUUGGCCACGAGUGGGAAGACGAACUCGUCAAGUGGGGGUUCAUCUUCUCGCACGCUCACAACGUCCUCAACUGGGGAAAGACUCCAGUCUACGCCAACCUGGAGAGCGUCAUUGGCGACCGCCCAUACACUAUCAUGACGUCAAAUGCCGACCAGCUUUUCGUUCAAUCCGGCUUUGAUCCCAACCACGUGUUCACUCGUCAAGGCAACUAUGCCCGUUUCCAAUGCCUGAAGCCUUGCUCGCAAGAAUCGUACUUUGACGCAGCUCCCUGGGUCGACCGCGCAAUGCCACACCUGGACCCCCUGGAUCUUUAUGUUCCGGAGGAGCUCCAAUCCGACCUGAUUCCAGUUUGCCCCAAAUGUGGUGGUGAGGUCUUCUUCAACGUCCGUGGUGGCGACUGGUUCCUCGAAAAGCCCUACCACGACGCCGAGAAACGCUACUCUGCGGACGUGGGCCGUUUUGUUGAAGAAGCCAAAAAGGAAGGCGGAACUGUUGUCAUCCUGGAGAUUGGAGCAGGCUUCAACACCCCGAGCGUCGUUCGCUGGCCUAGUGAGCGCCUCGUCCUCGAGCACGGCGGUGUGGUCAAGCUUGUGAGAGUCAACGUAGACCACCCAGAGUUUGCCCAACCUCUUCCCCCUGACAGUGCUGUGGGUGUACGUGUCAGCGGUGGUGACUUUCUCCGCGCUGUUCUCCACGAGUGA